UUAGUUUUCAAAGAGUUUAUAAAAGUAAACCUAACUCAUUCAUCGAAUUGUAUUUGCAUUUCCAUGAGAAGAAAGAUUCAGUGAGAAACAACAAGAUUCAUGUGCUGCUUCCUUCAUAACUUUCAUUGUUGGUCCCUUCAAUCUUCUUCAUUAUAUCUUCUCACAAACUGCAAACGUUUAUUGAAUAGGAGAAGACAAAUAAGCAUGGAAAACAAUUUCUCUCACAUCCCAAAACUUGCUGUUAAUCUCAAAAACCUUCCUCCAAUCGAUCCCUUUCAAGUCACAAAUCCUUCCUCUAAUUCAAAGAAUAAGUUGAACAACAGUUUUUGUAGCAGAACUGCUGUUAAAGAUGCAAAGCGAAAACCUAGUCUGGGAAAGUUGCGUGCUUCUGAUAAAGACAUUGUCAAAGAACCCUCCUUGGGAAUGACGAAAAUUGUAGUUGAGGGAGCUUCUUCAAGUUCAUCUAACCAAAAGAGUGAGUCUUGUGGCACCCCAACGACUCCGUCUCAGACAGAAGAAGGUAUGAAGAAAGGAACUGCAAGGUCUAAUUUGUAUGAAAUCUGUGUUGCAAAUCAUUGGAAACCUCCAAUCUUUGAAUGUUGCAAAGAGGAAGGCCCAAGUCAUGAGAGAAUGUUCACUUUCAAGGUUAUCAUUGCUAUAGAAGCAUCAAGAAACACAUUAGAGUGCUAUGGUGCCCCUCAUCGGAAAAAGAAAGAAGCAGCAGACGACGCAGCUGAGGGAGCAUUAUUUUACCUCAAGUAUAACCAAUAAAUAGAAAGUAGGUUAUUGGAUAUCAUCAGCAGCCAAGACUUCUACUAUUUCAUUCUUCGGUGAUACUCUCUAGACUUGGUAGCCAAUGGUCAGAAGAAGACCAUACAUUCUUAGGAGAGCUUCUUAACCCUUUUCCCGUUAGAUCUUGUGUCCUCCUCCUGGUUAAUGUAUUGUCAUUACGAGGGUGAGCUCUGUUUGAUGAUGUUCUUAUUUCUUUUGUCAUAUCACCAACAGUUGCUUUAGUCCUGCCUCCAUUAAGCAGGCUCACAAAGCAAUUAUCAUGCAAUAAACAACCAUUAUUAUUAUUAUCAUUAACAUUUGUACUCAAAUUCCUAACAUGGUUCUUAUUUUUGGAAUGUUUGUAGUUAUUUGUUUUCUUUGCAGUGCUUUUAUUCAUGAAGACACAACAAGUGGAAAGCAUACCAUCAUCUUUUUCCUCUUUGCUGGAUUGUGUGUUUCUAAUCUCAUAAACUGAAGAACUGGUUGCAAUUUCAUGAGCAGGAGAAGGAGAGCUCCUUGGAGAUAGCCCUUGAAGUUUUCUUAUUGUGCUCAAUGGUACUACAUAGUACUUUUGUCCAAGCACAAGCUUUGCAUCUGGUUCAACAACUGCCCAUGGUUGCUGGAACACAUUUGGAUAUGUUACACAACAUCUUGGAUAGCGGCACAUAAUCUCAGCUGCAGUCACGGGUCUGUCAUGGAGCUCAACAUACCCACCACGAUGGACAAUAUGUAGAAGCGUGGUCUUUGGAUUCUUUGCCGAAAUCCGGCGUGGAAAUGGCAUGGUUUCCCUGUGUUUUGGGAGUUCGGGAACGGGUGGGGGCUAUUCUAAACUCAUUAGGAAGAGUAUUUAAGUACUUCAUCAAGGUGAAGUGGUAAAAGGAAAAUUUCAAGACAUGUUGCCUUGGCUGUUAGUGAUUUCCUUCAUUGGUAGUAUCGUUAAAAUUGUCUCCUAUCGAGGCAUUGUAGAAUGAAUCUUCUGUAUCAUUCAUGUUUCUCUUGUUUUCUUUUCCAAGAUUGCAUUUAUGCCUACUAAGAUGACAUUUUAUAAUGCAUUUUUUCUCACCAUGAAAUGGAA